UGAGCGGAAAUAUGACAGCACUCAACCAACAGAUAUUCUCGUACGCUCUGCUUCCGGCUGUGCUGACGUAGUCUGUGGGCUGAGGGGUAGAGAUAAACUGUGUUUAGCAAACAGUCUGCACUCCAUACUGAUGACCACUGGCGUUGGUAAGACGUCUGCUUCGAUGCUGCCCUGCAUUCGGUGACAGCUCAGACAACGACCCGAUGCUACAGAUUUGGUGGACAACUCCAGACUAGGAUGCAGGAGGUUUCAAAGGCCGAGCUGCGAGAACAAGAUGUCCGUGUCACGACUGAACUGAAAGAAGUCCUGGAACAAAGCAACGACCUACGGCGAAUUUUUAAUCAGCUUAAAAGAAGCUAUGACAAAAACCAGGACCUCUGCUGUCCCUGUCUGUAUGGUUCCUUGAGGCGAAUGAUACAUGAAGCAUGCGCUCAGGCUUCUCGGACAAAGAGCCACUACGACACUAGAAAUAAAAAAUCCAGGAAAGAGGCGAGAGGAGUGGUAACGCGCCUUUUAGAUGAAGCCAAGAGCAUCUCUGAAGCUGGCCAGGCAAUCAUGCACUUGGACGACGAGAGAGAAAAGUUAAAAAGACUGAGCAAGAAAGAGCUAAAACGUGACCUUGAGCAGAAACAAGCAACUUUGGGUCUCGAAAAGAUGGCCAUUCAGCAAAUGAAUAACCUUCUUCAGGAGCUGGAGCGUCUAGAGGUGGAGGUCAGAAGAUACUGGGUGUGGUCCCGCAAAGACCUCUUGGUGCGCGGUAUUGAGAACACACUUUACGCAUUUGAACAGUUGAACUGUUCAACCCCAAGAGAACCAAGACAGCAGCAACACCGUCGAGGAUAUCAAGUAUGAGAAAUGUCUGCAUCAACCUCGAUAAACCGGUUACAGCUCCCAGUAUGUCGCCGGCUGUGCGAGUCAGCCAUGCAGAACAUGAUCAACGGGGGCUUGUAACAUGUGUUCCUCCGCCUAAUGCACGUACCUCGAUCAUGAACUCAUAUCAAUAAAUGUCCAUGCCUAGAUCGACUUGGACUGUGGACAUUCCUGUGUCAGGUUCAGCUGGACAAACAAUAAACAUGACCAUGCAUUAGAAUAAAGGUUGGUGGGAUUAUGAA